AUGGCCCUCCCGAAUAUCGGUCAACGACCAAGACUGAACUUGACCAAACCGGAAACACGGAUGCAUCUGUGGUACAAAAUGCGUAAAAUUCUUCGUCAGAUCUACACGGAACGGGAUAAUUUCGAUUACUUUUUCAAAGCCGACGAUGACACUUACGCAGUGAUGGAAAACCUGAGGCAUGCGAUCUACGAUGACUCACCCGAAAUUCCUUUCAUGACCGGCUAUCGAUGGAAUGCCCUCAAACGGAUUGUGGAACUGGCGAUUGACAAACACCCGGACUGUCCGACUACGGACGAGGAUAAAGAAGAUGUAAAAAUGUGUUUAUGCGGUCGGGCAGUUGGAGUAGACCUGCUAGACACAGCGGGUUCUACCGGAAAAUCUGCAUUUUAUCCAUACUCCGUGGAACAUUACUACAAACACCAUAUGCAAUCGGGUAUGGUAAGUGAGUGA